AUGAAGUCGACGCUCUUCCUCGCUGCCUCGAUCCACAUUGCUGCGGCGUUUGACUUUUACCUGUUCGCGCAGACGUGGCAGCCAGCGUUCUGCUCGACCGGCAACUACCCCGGCUGCGACCAGCCGACGGACUUUAUGACCAACCACUUGACGAUCCACGGUCUCUGGCCCGAGAACGCUGAUGGCUCGUACCCGUCCAAGUGCGACCCGUCCAACGCGCUGACGCAAGACACAAUUGACACAAUCGGUAUGGACGCCAUCAACCAGUACUGGCCCGACGUCAAGACCAACUACGGCACGGACUUUAUCUCGAACGAGUGGGCCAAGCAUGGGACGUGCAGCGGCUUGGCCCAGCUCAGUUAUGUCCAAGCGGCGAUGGCGACCGAAAAGAAGAUUGGGACGUCGGCCAUGAUUUCGGGCAACGCCGGCAAGACCGUGGCCGCGAGCGCGAUCCGCACGGCGUACGGCCAGAACAUGGUGUCGCUUGUCUGCAAGAACAGCGUGCUAUCCGAAGUGCGCACGUGCUGGAGUGUCAACACCAAGACAGGCGGCGUCGGCAACCAAAUCGCGUGCCCGAGCGCGAUUCUGAACCAGGACACUUGCAGCCGCAAGAACGGCAAGGUCAUUACGAUCCCGAGCUUCUAA